CGACUGUUCCGCCUGCCGAGCGCAUACGCGCAUCGUUUUGGGCGGCCAUGAUGGACGAUAGACGCGAGAGUUCGGGCCAAGUUGUUGAACCACAGAGAUCACGCGUGUGCUUUAUUGAGACCUUGUAGCGCGAGCGUCGUGAUAGUAAUUCGCAGUUCUCUCAUCUAGAAGCGUAAGCCCGGGAAAAUCUGCUCGGUAUAUCGUCACUGUGAACUAGCCCUCCUGCACGCAACAUGGUGAAGCGCAAAAACCGGGUGGUGCUGGAGUCCAGCAGUGGGGAAAGUGACAGCCCCGACGACUUGGACGGUGAGCUGCUGCUACUCGCCAAGAAGAAAAGGUCUGAGUCGGAGGGCUCGCCACAGAAAUCUCAACCUGAGGAGAGCUCCAAGCCCGCCGGUGCGGCCGCGUACAGCGACUCGGAGACGUCGGAGAGCGACGACGACUGGACCGUUGACGGCAAGGGAGGCGCCAAGGCGCGCAAAGGCAAGCUAUCGAAGAAAACGGCUCGGAAGAACCGCUCGUCGGGUAGCGAAGCCGAGAACAAGAGCGGCGCGUCGUCCUCGUCCGAGCCCGAGGAGGGCGAAGUCUCGGACUCUGGUGGCGGUUCUUCGGCGCCGGCCGGCGGCAGCGGCAGCGAAGACGACGAUGACGACGACGAUCCCGAAGAAGAGGAGUUCAACGACGGCUACGACGAGAACCUCAUGGGCGAUGAGGAAGAUCAGGCGCGGCUGGCACAGAUGACAGAGAAAGAACGCGAGCAGGAACUGUUCAACCGCAUCGAAAAGAGAGAAGUGCUCAAAACACGGUUCGAGAUCGAAAAGAAGCUGAGGCUCGCCAAACGGAACGAGCAAAAGCGCAAAGCCAAGAAGGAGGAAGGCGGUUCUGCUAGCAGCAAGGGUGGUGAGGGCGUUUCGGCCAGCUCUAGAUGCAAAGAGAGACGCCGCAUGGUCGAGGAGCGAAAGGACAAGCUAGACAAGAAGGCGCAAGCCAUCAAGGAUCUCAAAGCUGAGCGCGAGAAGAAGCGAAAACAGCUCCAGGAACAAAUGCAAAAAGAGGAGGAAGAAAAGGAGAAGCGUAAGUCCCAGGAAGAAGAGGAGUCCCAAGCCCAGACGUCCAGGAAGCUCAAAGCUAGUGACAUCUACUCGGAUGACGACGACGACGAUGCUUCGGACAGAGAUGAUGAUGAGCAGGACGACCAGGCCGGAGGUGACACAUCGGAGCGCCGGCGUUCCUCUUCCUCAUCCUCGUCCUCCGAUGAGGAAGAGUCAAAGCCACAAUUAGCUGCCACAAAAGAAGAGAUAAGCAAGAUACGGCUGUCACGUCACAAGCUGGAGCGCUGGGUGCAUGCUCCAUUCUUUGCAAAGACUGUGAUUGGCUGCUUUGUGCGUAUUGGCAUUGGCUCCAACAACGGUCGCGCUGUGUACAGGGUGGCACAGAUUACGGACGUGGUUGAAACUGCAAAAGUGUAUGCCCUGGGUCGCUGUCGCACCAACAAGGGCUUACGCCUGAAGCACGGUAAGCAAGAGAGAGUAUUCCGGCUUGAAUUUGUUUCUAACCAGGACUUCGCAGAAUCGGAGUUCAUGAAGUGGAAGGAAGUUAUGGCUCUUGAGGGGGCUUCGUUCCCCACCACAGAAGAGGUCAUACGAAAAGUCAAAGACAUCCAGGACGCGCUGAAUUACCAGUACAAGGAGUCGGAUGUGGAGACUAUUGUGAGUGAGAAGCAGCGUUUCCAGCGCAAUCCACACAACUAUGCAGUGCGAAAGACUCAGCUCAUGAAGCAGAAGGAGAUGGCAGAGCAGAAAGGAGACCAGGAAGAGACACAGAGAUUAGCUGGAGAGCUGGAGCAGCUUGAGGAACGUGCCCGAGAGUUGGAUAAGCAGCGUACAAGCACUAUCAGUGCCAUUAGCUACAUCAAUGAGCGAAACCGGCUCAAGAACAUUGUUGAGAUUGAACGUGCCAUCCUGGAAGAGGCCAAGUUAAACAAGGAAAAGGCUGAUGACCCUUUCACGAGACGAAAGUGUGCUCCGAGUCUUGUCACGAAAAAGGGGCCAGCAGAGUCCAAGGCAGCUGCACCAGUGCCCACAAAGAAACCAGAACAGCCAGUAGUUAACAUAGCUGCGGUUGAGCCAACUCGGAAGCAACAAGAUCAGCAACCUCAUCGAAACGAAGAAGACAUGUUCUCCGCUCAUGACUUCGACAUCAAAAUCGACCUGGACAUUUCGGUCUCCACAGCACCUUCGGCCAUAGCAAGACCAUCGACAGGUGCGAGGCCAGCUGUUCCCAAACGUUCCCUGAACUUGGAAGAAUACAAAAAACUUCGAGGACUUAUAUGACCUUUGCCCUCUCUGCAUGUACUGCCUACAUGGGCAGCAACUGUCUGUGUCUGUGCUGUCAUUAAUUUUACUGCUCUGAGCGCUGUGUUAAGUGAUCAUCUUGUUCGGGUUUGUGGUGGCCAUGUACAUAUCGCUUGGGCACUCUCGCAUUGAGGAAUUACUUGCGCCACUUGAUUGUGAACAGUGUUCUGUAUGAUUGCUAGACGAUUGCUAGAGAUGCUAGCAUCUCCUUGUGCAGGCAAUGAAUUCACUGCAUUGCAAGAGCCUUGCAAAUAGUUGGAGCUUCUUUUUUAGGGAUUGUUGCUAGCAGUUGCAUGUAAAAUGUGUUUUUACACUUGUUUUCUGUGAAGUCUUAUUCUUCAUUGCUACUGUGGGCAUGAAAUAUUUAGAAUUACAUUGAGCAGCAAGCUCAUUGUGCAUCUUUUCAGUUUUCUUUUGUCCUGCAUCUGCCACAACCUUGAAAGUGCUAUUUAAAGGCUUGUUGUACCUGUGCACAGCAGGUAGUUAACAGAUAAUUGGACAACUGAAGAUCACUGUUGCUUGAUGCAGCAGCCAAUGCAAAUAUGUACAGUCAGAACAGUGUUGUGAAAACCAACAUGUCCAUGCUACCAUAGUGGGCCAGUAUAUUUGUGGAGAGUCAGCAACUCUGUAGUGCAGACUUCAUUUAAUUAAGUUACAAAAGAUUGCGUAAAUGACAGGCAGCAGGUGUGGUUUGUCACCUUGCAUAUAGAUCCUCCAUGGGCACUGUACAUAUCCAUUAAACUCUAUGAAAUGCGGCAUCAUGCCAGUGCAUGGCACCUGGCUCUAUACACUUAGUGUCUGGUUUCUGCAUUCGUUUUUUUAUCUGCCAUCAAUGUGUAGAAUAGACUAAACACUCAUUGCUGCAAUAAAGCAAAACAUGACUUA